CGGAGCUUUCUUCAUUCUCUCGUCGAACGUCGAAUCGAGCAGCUGUUCCCCGGAGAACCGGCUGAAUAUUUCCAACCAAACACACAGCACAAAACAAGGAAAAUGAUUGCGCAAAGUGUAAUCAGCAGUCUGCGGCCCUGUGCCCGCCGUUUGGCCAGCACGAGCUCCAAAGCCGCAGCCCCCAAGUUCAACUGGCUGGAUCCUCUAAAUUUGGAGAGCCAGCUGACCGAGGAGGAGGUGGCCAUUCGGGAUGCGUUCCGCGGAUACUGCCAGGCGGAACUGCAGCCGCGAGUGAAGAUGGCCAACCGCCUGGAGACCUUCGAUAAAAAGAUCAUGGAGGAGAUCGGCAGCUUGGGAGUCCUUGGAUGCACCAUUAAGGGUUACGGUUGUGCCGGGGUCUCCAGCGUCGCCUACGGAUUGCUGACCCGCGAGGUGGAGCGUGUGGACUCCGCCUAUCGGUCCGCCGUAAGUGUCCAGAGUUCGCUGGCAAUGGGCGCAAUUUACGACUUCGGCUCAGAGGAGCAGAAGCAACGCUAUCUGCCCAGUAUGGCGGAGGGCAAGCUGAUCGGUGCAUUUGGACUGACUGAACCCAACCACGGCAGCGAUCCGGCCGGCAUGGAGACCCGCGCCAAAUACGACAGCAAAAGCAAGACUUACAUUCUGAACGGGUCCAAGACCUGGAUAACUAGUGCGCCCAUUGCCGACGUAAUAGUCGUAUGGGCCAAAUGCGAAGAUGGCAAGGUUCGAGGCUUCCUGGUGGACCGUAAGAUAUCCGGCCAAGGAUUAGAAACACCCAAGAUAGAGGGCAAGUUUUCGCUACGCGCGUCGCCCACGGGAAUGAUCCUGAUGGACGACGUUCGAGUGCCGGAAGAGCAGCUUCUCCCCAAUGUGUCGGGUUUUAGUGGACCCUUCACCUGCCUGAACAAUGCUCGCUAUGGAAUCGCCUGGGGCGCUCUGGGAGCUGCUGAAACCUGUGUGGAGAUUGCACGCCAGUAUACCCUCGAUCGCAAGCAAUUUGGCCGCCCUUUGGCUGCAAAUCAGUUAAUCCAGAAGAAACUGGCCGAUGCCAUCACGGAGAUUUCUUUGGGCCUGCAGGCCUGUCUGCAUGUGGGCCGCCUUAAGGAUCAGAAGCUGCAUACGCCCGAGAUGAUCUCCCUUCUGAAGCGGAAUAACACUGGAAAAUCACUGCAUAUUGCCCGCGAAAUGAGGGAUGUGCUAGGUGGCAAUGGAAUCAGUGACGAAUACCAUGUGAUUCGGCAUGUGAUGAACUUGGAGUCGGUGAACACCUAUGAAGGCACGCACGAUAUACACGCUUUGAUUUUAGGGCGCGCCAUUACAGGACUGGCGGCAUUUGCUAACUAAUUUCCCUUUUUGAAUGUUAUAAAGAACUGCAUUUACUACUGUGUUAGAUGUGUAUGAGUCAAUGUGAAUAAAUUUCGAUUAAAUCAAA